AUGCGAUGGGGCUUCAAGAAGAAGUUGACUCGCGAAACAUGGCAUACCAUUGGACAAAUCAUCAAGAACCGGGAUGAAGCUGAGCGCAUUAGCCACGUAUACGCCUAUGGGAAGAGACUUCUCAGCGACAAAGUGAAGAAAGAGACGGCCCGAUAUAAGACUUGUGAUGAAAAUGGAGAGUGCUGUACGAAGCGACUGUUGCCCGCCGGCAUUGAAGUCCGGUCGGAUGAGGAGGAAGUUGAAGAAACCAUCCUCAGCCUAGAACCCCAAAACAUCCAUUCAAACAACCCAUUAGCCACACAGCCUCCAGUAGAGACGCAUGCUCUCGGGGCACCCUGGAAUCCGGCACCCAGCCCUGGCUCUUUCCAGCCAAUUGAUCCCCAAGUUUUCGAGCUCAUAGUCAUGAACACUCGUCCAAGUCCUAUUCAGGUUGACGAAUGGUCCCAAAAUGCCAAAAUCUGGGAGACUGCAUCACUGGUAUCGUCCUCUCAGCCAAGUCCGUUCAAUCGAUGCGAUGAUGUUUUUGGACACUUGUCCCUUGGAACGUCGACGUUCGAGAAAGUAUGCACCAUACCUCGGAACACCAUCGCUUUAUUCACCAACCUCAACACCCCACUAUUCCGUGAAUUCCGGGCUUUGUUGAAAGACAACCAACCCAAGAUCUUUGCUUCAAUCAACCAGAUGAGACAUCUACUCCCAAGCGAGCCAAACCAACUUCAAAAGGCUUCUGUGGAUCUGGUCAUCCUGAAGCAGAUACUCUAUCUUCUCAUGAACAACUUCGCUGGCUCCGACUAUGCGGUGUUCGAUACCAUUUUCGAGCAAGUUAGGCAGUUUCCUGUUGCUCAUAUGGAGGAUAUGCUGGACGCGCUACCUGAUCCAUACGCAGCAGCACUUCAGCAAAGUAUCUUGACCAUCGCCAUCAAGUCCAACAUACUAGCCCUUGUGGAGGUCAUUUUGAGAAGAGGUCUUGACAGCGAUCGGGUCACUUGCCGCUUUUUUGGCCAAGAAUUCACGCCUCUUGGAUUAGCAUGCAUGUUUCGUCAUCUAGAGGUCGUGAAAGCUCUUCUACGUGCAGGUGCCGAUCCGAACCGGACUCCGACUCGUGGAUUUGAGGCGACGCCUGUUACAUAUCUGCUUCGUCAUAGCUCCCGACACAGCGAGGUUAUAUUCCCACCAGUUGUGUGCAACAUCCUACAACAACUCCUAGAUCAUCAUGCUAAGAUGUUUUGGAGUGAUAUUGUGGAAGCGAAGUUUUGGGCAAGCACAAACCUUUUGGAUAUCUUCAUACAUCACAAUAAGCUUCCGGUCAAUUUUCAAAUUACAAGCAUCCGUGUUGAGAAACUAGAUCAGGAAUGGCUUGAGAUCAGCAGUUUCUGUCAACAGGAAAAGAUAACAGCUGCCCUUCAGUCAAUCUUAGGGAUCAGUUCAAUUUUACCCAAUUGUAACGAUAUACCCAAGAGUUCGAUGAUCCCUCUCCUUCGGGACGCUUCGUACAAAGGCAACUUGAGUUUAAUCGAAUUUCUUCUGGAACGGAUAGGACUUACUCCAGACUCUACAUGUUUGUGUGCGGCUGCUCGUGGAAAUCAGCCGCUGUUGGUCAAAAAGUACUUACAGAUGGGAAUGGACAUCACUAAAUCAUCCCAAUAUUCACAAAUCAAAAAUCGUGUUGUGAAAACUCUCUCUUCAAACGUAGAUCCGUAUCUACUAGAGGGCUAUUGGGUUAAAAUGGAAACAACCACACCAUUUGCCGAAGCUAUUAGAUCGGAUAGCCAAGAGAUGAUUAACCUCUUAAAGAGUCAUGACGUUCUCAACACAGUUACGGACAUGGACAAUUUUGGACCAGCUAUACUUGCUGCUGCUGAAACAGGAAAUACAGACAUAGUCCAAGAACUACUUGAGACAUACGAAAAAGGCUGUCGGGACACCUCGAAAUUACCCUUUGCCAAACUUUCUAAAUUCUGUUGGAAAUUCCUCAGUCAGGCUAUGACUGUUGCUGUUUUGGGAGGCCGCGAGGGCAUUGUAGAAUGUCUAAUGGCGGCUGGCUCACCGCCAGACUACAUUAGUCUUGCGGCUGCAAUCUUGACGCGUAAUAUACGGCUUUUCGAAUUAUUCCUUGAUACAGCACAAUCUUUCGAUCAACGUGCUGGGCUUGCAGCCCUUGCUGUGCGUUGGGGUAGUCAGCAUGUUCUCGAACUCUUGAGUGUUCGUGGAGUUUCUUUCGAUGAAGACCACAUCGAUCUGGACUAUCUCAACUUACCGGCAUUGGAGUGGACGACUUCAACUCUCAACGCAGCCAUGGAGAGAGAUGAUCAAGACAUAUUCCAUCUGCUACUCAACAAUGGGGUGAACUGUAAUGCGUAUUCCAGGGGCUUUCUGCCCUCACCUUUGGAAAAAGCGAUCGACUGCGACCGUGAGACGUGCGCUUACACGCUACUCAAGUAUGGUGCGGACCCAAGAGACCCUGGUGCACUCUCCGCUGCUUUGAGAAAAUCUCAUACUGAACUGGCUGAAGCAAUUUUGAAGUCGUUCAAAGAACUACAUCCUCAUCACAAUGGAGACUUUGUAAUCCCAGCCUUGUGUGAUAUGAUUGAACAACAGAACGAGAAAUUGGUUAGGAUGCUCGUAAGCUACAUCCAUCCGAACAUUUUAGCAUGCCAAGGACAUCUAACUCAACAUCUCAUGCCACUUGGGUCGGUGAUUGCUACGGGUAACGUCAAGAUUGUACAAAUCUUGUUGGAGUCCGGUAUCGAUCCUGAUAGCACUGUCGAAAUCGAAAAUUUCGAUACAAAUGGAGGCCGAUUGAACGCUGUAUUGAAGGCAAUAUCGACUGGGAACCUCACUAUGGUGCAAGUUCUGCGCGAGGCUGGAGCGGACUUGAAGUUCAGUGCAACAGUUGGCAUAACGCGCACAUCACUACAAUUGGCUAUUGAACUGGGCCACUUUGAAAUUGUUGAGUACCUUCUCAACCAAGAUGUCGAUGUCAACGCACCACCUUGCAUCUGGGAAGGGGGCACCGCUCUCCAAUUUGCUGCCAAGACUGGUUCCGUCCGCAUAGCAGAACUGCUUUUUGAACGCGGUGCCGAAAUCAAUCAUCCAGGCAGUAAAUACGUUGGCAGGACUGCGUUCGAAUUUGCAGCAGAAAAUGGAAGAAUAGACAUGCUACUUUGGCUAUUCCAUCAAGGCGUGGAUAUUGCGUCAGACGGUGGGAAACAAGUCAGUAGAGCGUGUAUUUUCGCGGAAGAAAACGGACAGAUAGCGGCACGAGAUCUAGUUAAACAGCUCGGCAUGGAAGCACAACAGAACUUUGUUUCUACUUCAUAUCAGACUUUCUGGUAG